AUGACACUGUACAUUCAGAACUCUCAGCCCUACCUUAACAACAUGACCGCAGUGGGCUGCAUGAUGGCCCUGGCUGCUGUCUUCCCUCUGGGAAUCGACGGCCUUCAUGUCCACAGGAGGCAGUUCCCCGUCGUCUGCCAGUUUCGCCUGUGGCUGCUCGGUCUGGGUUUCAGCCUUGCGUACGGCAGCAUGUUCACCAAGAUCUGGUGGGUCCACACCGUCUUCACCAAGAAGGAUGACAAGAAGGAUAAGAGAAAGCACCUGGAACCAUGGAAACUCUAUGCUACUGUCGGUGUUCUGCUCAGCAUCGACAUCCUGUCUCUCAUGAUCUGGCAGAUUGUAGAUCCUUUACAUAUCACCGUGGAGAAAUUCACCAGAGAAGCCCCCAAAGGAGACCUGGAUGUUUUGAUUCAGCCUUUACUGGAACAUUGCAGCUCAGAAAAGAUGAACACCUGGCUAGGUGUGGUGUACGGUUAUAAAGGCCUACUGCUGCUUCUCGGCAUCUUCCUGGCCUAUGAAACCAAGUCCAUCUCUACAGAGAAAAUCAAUGACCAUCGAGCUGUGGGCAUGGCAAUCUAUAAUGUUGCUGUAAGGAAUAAUCUGGCGACGAGUCUCAGGAAACCCCACAUCUUAAGGCCAGGCGCUGAUGAGGAUUGCCAGCAGGUGUGCAACUCCACCAGGUGA